AUAGAGGCUACGCAUCUAAACCUAUGCGCUGCUCUCGGCUGCUCCGGAGUUGUGGAGUCGACGUUAUAUCACAAAACCCAGGGUCUAAGGGAAAGUCGAACACCUACUUUUUAAUAUUUUUGGCACAACUUGGAUAACUUUGCCGAAUGUUGUUUUGCUUUUGGGGCUCAUGAACUUCACUCAGUUGAAGACUAGGAUAUAGCCUACGACUCGCAUCUUGAGGGCUCCCAGUGAUCUUCCUCCAGUCCACCUCUCCUCUUUCUCCUCUUCCGGACGUCUCAGGGAAUGGGCCAGCGCCUUCCCAGAGAGCACUGCUUCACCCUGGGGUGUGGCUGCCACGCGAGGGUGGGAAGAGCAGCAUCAACGUCCUAAAGCCCCACCCCCUCAUUCUCUCGUGACCUUUCACCUCUCACCGUACUGUGACCUCUGAGCCAUGCCGUUCAGGCUGAUGCUGCGUCGGACACGGCGCUACAACGUGCUAAGCAAGAACUACUUUGUGACGCGGAUUCGUCUGCUGGACAACAAUGUGAUCGAGUGUACUCUGUCUGUGGAGAGUACGGGGCAGGAAUGUCUGGAGGCCGUGGCCCAGAGACUGGAACUACGAGAGACCCAUUAUUUUGGCCUGUGGUUCCAGGGGAAGGCCCAGCCCCAGUCCCAGCGCUGGGUUGAGCUGGAGAAGCCUCUGAAGAAACAGCUGGAUAAGUUUGGCAACGAGCCACUGCUCUUCUUCGGGGUCAUGUUCUACGUCCCCAAUGUUUCACGCCUUGAGCAGGAGGUCACCAGGUAUCAGUACUACCUGCAGGUGAAGAAGGAGGUGCUGGAUGGACGUCUCCACUGUACCAUAGAGCAGGGCAUCAGACUAGCAGGCCUAGCAGUGCAAGCUGACUUUGGGGAUUUCACACAGUUCCUGUCUCAGGACUUCCUCAGGGAGUAUGUGCUCUUCCCAGUGAACUGGCCUCAUGUAGAUGAGGUGCUGGAGGAGUGGACUCAGAAGGUGGCAGAGGAACAUAAGAGUCACUGUCGAAUGCAGCUUGCAGAAGCAGAGAUGCUCUAUAUCAAGGAGGUAGAGAAGCUGGAUGGCUUUGGACAGGAGAGCUUUGCUGCUAAGGACACCUACACCAAUGACAUCUUCAUUGGUGUGUCCUUCAUCGGAGUCUUCGUCAAACACAGGAAUGGCAGGUCCAUCAUGCACCACAGAUGGAAAGACAUUGGUAACAUAGCGCACAACAAGUCGGCCAUCACAGUAGAGAUAACCAGUAAAGAUGACACCAUCAUGUUUCACACGGAUGACAUAGAGCUGUCCAAGUACAUCGCUCGGCUCUUCACGGCCAGACACAAGUUCUACAAACAGAACAAAAUCUGUGCAGAACCCGCCCACUCCCCUGCACCUAUCAGGAGGCGCCCCACCUGGACCCACCGCCUCUCUCUGCCACGGCCACAGUCCUGUAUCCUCCAGCCAAUGCACUCCCAGUAUGCAGAGCAUUACCAGGACACACAGAGCUCUCAAGACAGCAUAUUCCAUGAAGACCCCUACUACAAGUCUGAGACUAGUCUGGACCGGUGUCCGGUCGAAUUCGGCUUCCGCAAUGGAACUGUUCCCAAUGGCAGCAUGUACAGUAGUCCUAGCCUCAGCUCCCUUAACCACUCCCAAACCUUCGUACAACCUUCACCCAUCUCCUCUAACCUCAGUAUCCCUGGCAGCGAGCUGAUGCGCCCCGACUACAUCCCGAGUCAUCGCCAUAGCGCCAUCAUCGCCCCUUCCUAUAGGCCCACACCAGAGUAUGAAGCUGUGAUGCGCCAGAAGUGCCACAUGCUCCCCGCCCACCAUGACCUUCACAGCCAAUCACUGAGGAGUCUCAAUAUUAGUAAUGCCUAUGCAUAUCGUCAGCCAGAGGCGUUGGUUUAUAGCCAGCCAGAGAUGAGAGAGAGGGGCCCCUAUCCUGGACCUAACCCUUAUGGCCCUCAGGUCAGCUACAGUAAGCCUGUGAACCCUGCUCCUCACCUGGGCCCCGGAGCCAGUCAGGGCCACUGCCAGUCUGCAUGUGGAGGAGGAGGGGGUGGGAGCUCCAUCUCUCACACGGUCAGCACGCCUGAACUAGCCAACACCAAACAGGGGGCUACUACAGGGAGCUACGGCGCCACGGCUAACAUGCUGAGGAACCACAUGUCGCGGCCGCCCCCUCCCUACCCGUCCUUCCGACCCGCCACAAGUACCCCGGACCUGGCCAGCCACCGGCACCGCUGCAUGGGUGGCAGCAGCCCCGAGCUGGUCACCCGCAUGGUGCAGCUGUCGGUGAAAACAUUCCAGCCGGACAGCUCUGCCGUGGUGCACCAGUCUCUGCAGGAGGUUAGCGAACCGCUAACUGCGGCUAAGCACCGAUCAGCCCUGGGGAAGAGACACAGCAUGGAAGUGACCAGCAGCAUGGGGGGAGGAGGGGGAGGAAUGGAGGGCAUGGUGGUUCUGAAGGGGAUGGCUGCCCCACUAAACAGGAGGAAUACUCUCAGAGAGCACGUGAUGCCACCCCAGACCCAGCCUCAAUCACAACCCCCCCAAUCCCAAUCUCACCAGCCCAAAGAGCUGCCUGUGCAGAGAGCGCCAGAAACCACCAUCCCGUCCUCCACGGGGCAGGGAGUGGGCGGGGCCUACCAGCACCAGAAGACCCUCUCCAACGCCACCAUGCUGAUCCACAGCAGUGAGAGCGAGGAAGAGGAGGAGGAGGAAGAGGAGAGGCCUGAGCUGGACGUGCAGAUCCCAGGUCUGAACGAGGACAUUAAUGCCCAGCUCCAGGCCGCCCUUGCCAAGCUCCCCAACAAGCCCCCUCCGGAGUACCCCGGACACCCUAGACCAGCCACCAACGCCCCCCUCCGCUCCCGCGAUCACAGCCACCCUCACCACCACAACCAGGGACACCAGACCCAGGGAACCAAGGACCCAAGCCAAGCCCAGGCCAGGGUGCUGAAAGCUGGGCAGAGUCAGGGCGGUGUAGGGGGUGGUGGUGGUACCCUGACCCGCGGGGAUCAGGCUGGAAUGAAUGGGGCAGUGCUGGGGCCGUCAAUCUCUGAGCCAGACCUGACCAGUGUGAAGGAGAGGGUCCGGAAGGAGCCAGUCAAAGAGAGGCCAGUGUCUGAGAUGUUCUCUCUAGAGGAUAGCAUAGUGGAGAGAGAGAUUGCACAGAGGACGCUGGAGAGACAGAAGAUGUCGGUGGACUCAAUAAAGAGACCUCUGAUGAUGGCGGCCCUCAACGGGCUCUAUGUCACCAGGGUGCCUGUACCAGAGAACCCCCGGGAGGAUGGGGCCAAGGCUGCUGAUGAACGGUGUAAGACCCUAGAGUUGAAGUUGGAGGAGGAGAGGGUCUUCACGGAGUACGAGCAGAUCCCAAAGAAGAGGGCCGACUGCGUGGUCACCACGGCAACGCUGCCCGACAACGGCGAGCGGAACCGGUUCCGUGACGUGGUUCCGUAUGAGGAGAACCGAGUGGAGCUGGUUCCCAACAAGGAGAACAACACAGGCUACAUCAAUGCUUCACACAUCAAGGUGAUGAUCAGUGGGGAGGAAUGGCACUAUAUCGCCACCCAUGGACCGCUGGCCAACACCUCUGCAGAUUUCUGGCAGAUGGUCUGGGAGCAGGGAGUCAACGUCAUCGCCAUGGUUACUGCAGAGGAGGAGGGUGGUAGGUCAAAGAGCCACCGGUACUGGCCCAAGCUGGGCUCCAAGCACAACUCAGCCACCCACGGCAAAUUCAAGGUGACCACCAAGUUCCGUACGGACUCAGGUUGCUACGCCACCACAGGGUUAAAGGUCAAACACCUGCUGUCGGGCCAGGAGCGCACCGUGUGGCACCUGCAGUACACUGACUGGCCGGAUCACGGCUGCCCCGAGUACGUCCAGGGAUUCCUCUCUUACCUGGAGGAGAUCCAGUCAGUGAGAAGACACACUAACAGCAUGCUGGACACCUCCAAGAGCCUCAACCCCCCUGUGGUGGUCCACUGUAGUGCUGGGGUGGGCCGCACCGGGGUCGUCAUCCUCACCGAACUAAUGAUCAGCUGCCUGGAGCACAACGAGAGGGUAGAGGUCCCUAUGAUGUUGAGUCACCUGAGGCAGCAGAGAAUGCUCAUGGUCCAGACCAUCUCCCAGUACAAGUUUGUUUACCAGGUCCUUAUCCAGUUCCUCAAAAACUCCCGUCUCAUCUAAACCCUCACCUCUGACCUUUGACCUGGUCCCACAUGAGCUGACACAAGGGCAAUGGAAUACUGGUGCCGCAAAUACCCCCCCGCAG